CCAGCCCGGGGCCUGUAGCGGACGGAGGAAGAGGCGGCUCAGCUUCGCCCCGCGCGUGCGCCUUCGCGUCGGUUUCCUGCGGUCACGUGGGCCGCGGCGCGUGCGCAGAAGGGAAACGCCGAGAAAAAAAACCCUCUCUCUCCCUCGGCUGGGUUUCUGUGGCGAAGAGAGGCGGCGGCGGCCAUGAACGGGUUCGGCGUCGAAGCGGCCCUGCUCCGGAACCCCGGCGGCGAAACCGUGGAGAAAAUUGACCUGUCGCUGGAUGAUAUCAUUCGGCUUAACAAGAAAGAAGAGCGGAAGCAGUACUCCCCCCAGAUGAAGAGAGGCAUUCAGCAGAACGGCACAUGGCAGUUCAGAAUGAGACGGCCCAAAUGGGGAAUCCAGGAGUACACUGGUUUCGUGAAGAACCGCUUGGGACGCCGAAGGAGAACGGCCGGGAAGCGACGCACUUACGCCGUUAAAACCGGCUUGGCGGCGAGGAAGAUGUUGGGAUCGCACAGAGGCAUCAGCCCCUUGAACAGACCCCCCCUCAGCGAAAAGAACGUCCAGCGGAACUACUCCGUCUUGAAAAGGAAGAUGAUGGCCCAGAGGCAGCCUGAGCUGCCAAGGAAGCAAGGGGCUGUUCUCUGGAGGUCCAGCCUGCUGAACAGAAGAACUAACACUCAUUCCCUUUCCGCCAGACUUGGAAACCAGCUAUAUCAGCAGAAAGAUUCCCGCCAAGCAACUUUCCUCUUCAGGAGAGGCCUGAAGGUGCAGGCACAAGUCCAUCCAGAAGACGACCUCAACGGCCAGGAUACGAAAAGGAGUCCACCGUGGCGAACAUCCACUACGAACGGAGGCAUCUUGACGGUGUCUAUCGACAAUCCAGGCGCGGUACCCUCGCAAGCCUCUUUGAUGCCAAGGCUAACGAGUUCCACAAUACCUCCCUUCCUUAUGAAAAAGGUGCAGUCAGAGGAGAAGAAGGUGCCUAAAGGAGUGCCGCUGCAAUUUGACAUCAACAGCGUUGGAAAGCAGACGAACAUGACUCUCAACGAGCGUUUCGGGAUCCUGAAGGAACAAAGAACGGCCCUCUCUCAGAACAAAGGCAGCCGUUUCGUAACUGUGGGCUAGGGGCUGCCAGAGAAACGCUUGUAUAGGGGUGGCCCAUCCAUCUGAGAGACUGGAUUAACGGUGGGCAGGACGGAAUGGGAUGCGUUGGACUUUGCGUCAAGAUGCUGACAAAGCUGAAUCUCUCUCUCUCUUUUGUAUAAAAAAAACCCCCUGCCUUUAUUUUAAAUAGUUAAACAAACCCCCGGCAUGAUAUUGGGCUGUUAAAAAGGGGGAAAAAAAUCAGUGUGCUUGAUGGAUAAGUUUCACGGUGGCAUGAAGGGAAAAGGCCCCAGAAAGGAGGGAACAAGCAAAUAUGCUUAUUUGGAUACCCCGAAGCAGCCAACAGAGACUGGCGGUCCAAGGUAGAGGUCAGUCUUUGCUCUGCAGCCCACUGCAAAAACCGAAAAAGGGUGUCAGGUCAUUUCAUUUGCGUCCCUUCCUCCCAAAGCCGGCCCUCCCGUCUGGCCCAAAGUUCAGCGUGAAGAGCCCUUCCUUUCUCCCGGUCGCUUUUCUGCUGCUUCGGAAAGAUGAAGUUCGUCUGAUACCGAAAGCCCCAAUUUGUUUGGAAAUCUGAGGACGUAAAAGAAGGACCCCGUAGAUGCUAGCAGCAUUUCAGUCCCGAAAGGCAGACCAUCGUCAGCCUUGCGGGUAACAGUCAAGAACAAGGCUGUGGUGAAAAGCCGGCUCACGUCUUUUGAAAAACUAGGCCUGUGUCGGUGGGGAAACAUUUCGACUGACGCAAGGUAGAUCCUUUUUCUUUUUUUAUUCAGAUCUUCGUUAGCCGAGACUCUGAUCUGAUGACCAUCGAACGUUAACCUGAGAGAUUAUUUUGGUAAUCAUUCUGUUGUGAUGUAGAAAAGUGCACUUUGUACCCUUCCCGAUCCUUAAGUGUUAGUUUUUGACAGUUUAGCGUCCAGGUGUUCGAGGGACCAUCCCAUUGUAGUGGAGAAUCGGAAUCAGCAGAGAGAGCUUUCUGAACUUCACGCGCUACGUUGACUGGGUUCGCAAAUUCCUAACAAACCGUGGUCAUUUUCCCGGUGAACACGAAGCGAGAGCAUGAAGGAAGAUCCAAAGCUACUUUAAGUUAGCCGCAUUGAGGACCACAGAAUCAGCAACGCAACUGCUUACGAAUAGAUAGCAUCGUGGACUUAAAAUGUCCACGCCGGUGCAUUUAGGUACAUCUAGGUAAAAGGAUAUGCCGUCUUUUGUUUUUCAGUGUACAGAAGCAAGGUCUGUACCACAAGAGAUCCAUGAGUUGGUUUGUUUUUUUAAAGAAAAUUCCCGUGUAGCUAGUUUAUCCUGGAGUUCAAAACGGGGGAUCUCUUCUGUUCGACGGAAGAGAGGGCUUUCUGAGAUAGUUUUAAGACUGUCGUAAAUCCAUGAGCAUUAACACUCAGCUAGUUCUAUUUCUAAUUCUUUGGAAUACGUUGUAUACCUUUACGGCAGGAAAACUUUAGAACACGAAAAAGGGGGUUUGCUUUUCUAAAAAAGAAUUAUUCGUAGAAGUUUGAAGACGUCUGUUAGCAUCGAGGUAGACUGUACGCCGGUGACCAUCCUGUGUUUGGGUCUUUAACCAGGAUGCAAUUUAAAAAAAAUAAAUCCUUUUUUUUUUUUUUUGCAUCAACAUGGAUGCAAAACAUUGAUGCAAUGCAUCUCAAGAGAGCUAGUUUGUAUUUAAGGAUAAUAUGCUUUAAACUGUACCUUUUGGUAUUUUUUUUGAGAAGUUACUACGUUUGGAACUAUUCUAAAGCUGUUGGGAUUUUUAAAAAUUAAAAAGAAGUUACAAGUUU